GCUGUGCUUUACAUGGCCCCCAACGCGCUCUGCUUCCGAUACUACACACACCACUCGACAGCUGCAAAGACAUCAGGCUCGUUCCCAAGGCUCCUCUUUAACUCGGCCCAGAACGCAUACGACGGCCGUGCCUGCUUUUCGCCCGUUUUUACACACCACAUCGCACCAAAUGCGCAGCCCGCCGGCUUGAGUACAACGCGCGCCGCGCCUUUUCAUGUGCGCUGCGCGAGACUGUUGCUCUCUAGCCGGCCAGGCCGGGCCACGGGGGAAACGAGAAAGCCCGUCUUCGCUCAGCGUGUGCUUCAACGUUUUGAAUCUCGUUUUGCGAGUGGGAUUUUCACCGAGAAAUGCCAUGAGAAAACACAUCUGAGCGCGCGCCGCGUCCGUGCAUUCAUUCAGCGGCGCCCGAGUUGAGUCUACACCGCUCUCAUAUCUGUUUUUAAGACCAGCCCCCGGCCGCGGGGAGGGAGGAUCAUCCUGUGUUACACACUAACGUACAGUGUACGACUCGUGUAUUCUACGUAGUUCCAAGAGAGAUGGCAGAAGUCGCACCCGCUCCCGCCGCCGCGCCGGCCAAAGCGCCCAAGAAGAAAGCAGCUUCGAGAGCAAAAAAAGCCGGCCCUAGCGUCGGCGAGCUGAUCGUCAAAGCCGUUUCCUCGUCUAAGGAGAGGAGCGGCGUGUCUCUCGCUGCUCUGAAGAAAGCGCUGGCUGCCGGCGGAUAUGAUGUGGAGAAGAACAACUCCCGCGUCAAGAUCGCCGUUAAGGGUCUCGUGACUAAAGGCACUCUGGUGCAGACCAAAGGGACCGGCGCGUCUGGCUCUUUCAAGCUGAACAAGAAGCAGACCGAAGCCAAGAAGCCCGUGAAGAAAGCCGCGCCCAAAGCGAAAAAGCCCGCCGCCACUAAGAAGCCCAAGAAGGUAGCGGCCAAGAAACCCGCCGCCGCGGCCAAGAAGUCUCCUAAGAAGGCGAAGAAGCCCGCUGCCGCCGCAAAGAAAGCCACCAAGAGCCCGAAGAAGGCGAAAAAGCCCGCGACCCCUAAAAAGGCAGCCAAGAGCCCCAAGAAAGCGAAAGCUGUCAAGCCCAAGACCACAAAGCCUAAAGCGGCAAAGGCGAAGAAGGCAGCACCCAAAAAGAAUCAUCCACCAGUAUUGAAGGCCAUCUCAGUGCCAGGGAGGGCCUCCAGCCGUAUCUACUACCAUUAGGAAGGAUCAAGGGCAGGAUUGACAAAUUCUACGUGGUAGUGGAUAAGCACCUCAUCACUUGCACAGGAACCAGCUCCUUGAGUGCUAUAGAUGAACUCUUCAAAGUCCACUAUGUGUUCAACCUGUGAUAUGAGGAAGCCCUUGUUAACAUCUUUACCUUCCUGCAGACUACGAUCUACAACAUUGAUGUUGGUCUUACAAGUGAGUCUCCCAGAGUAAAGGAAUUGCAUGCAAAGCUUUUGAACUAGGUUAAAUGUUAGUACAUUUACAUUUAUUCACUUAGCAGAUGCUUUUAUCCAAAGCGACUUACAAAUGAGAUGCAUGCAAAGCCACGAGAGUCACGUACAGUUUCUAUCCUUCGUUAAAGUUUAAGUUAUUAUGUGCACAGCGUGGCUGUAGCCGACAGUAUGUGACUUGGGUGAACUUGUAAAAGCCCGGAGUUUGAAGUUCUACAUGCCUUUUGAUCUACAGGGUCCAAAUGGGUCAGAUGAAUAUAUUCACUAUGAGGUGAAUAUAUUGCACCUCAAUUCAUGCUGGUUUGUUACAUCUAAGAUACUGUGUUGAAAAUAAAAGUUCAACCUUAUACAGCAACUGAUGUGUUAUCUGUUCUUUUACUGACGAGUACACACAUUUUAAAGGUCUGCAUUUUUAGGCAGACAGGGUGUAGAUCACAUUUAAUUACACUAGUGUAGAAAAUAACUCAUUAGGUUGAGCUUUUGACACAUUUAGUGUAGAUUCAACACUUUCUUAGUGUAAAUGGAGCCUGUGAGGAGUAAAAAAACUACACCAAUUGUGCUAACAGUGAACACUUACAGUGCUUGUUCAACACUAUGAGAGUGUAGGAAAAA